AUGGGAGAUGUUCAUGGGCAGAUCAUUGUAGUUCAGAUGUCCUUGACAGUGUCAUCAACAAAACUGAUUGAAUGUUCAACCAACUAUUUUUCUCCAGAGUCUGUGCGGCUUGUGGAUGGAGCUGGUCUCUGCUCUGGGAGAGUGGAGGUGAAGUCCAAUCAGUCCUGGGCCUCAGUGUGUGAAGCUGACUUUGACCGGCAGGAUGCAGAGGUAGUCUGUGGAGAGCUUGGCUGUGGGGCUCCUGCAGCUUUACAGGGGGGCCUCUAUGGAGAAGGUGAGGGUCAGACCUGGGAUAAAGAGUUCCAGUGUAAAGGCAAAGAGACCCUUCUCCUGGACUGUGACACCUCAGACAGAGAAAACAACACCUGCCUACCUGGUAAUGCUGUUGGACUCACCUGCUCAGAGCCUGAUGAUGUGAGGCUGGUGGGAGGAGGCAGUCGCUGUGCUGGUGGAGUGGAGCGGUACGACCAGGGAGAGUGGAGGACUGUGGGAGCUGAAGACUGGGACAAGACCAGGACUAAUGUAGCUGCAGUAGUGUGUAGACAGCUGGGUUGUGGCUCCACUGUUUCAGCACUACCUGGAAACACCACUAGAGGGAAUAACAUUAUAUGUUAUGGAUCUGAGCCUUCACUGAGGGAUUGUUAUAGAAUGUAUGAUAUCCUUCCUGGACUCACAGUGAUAUGCUCAGAUCUCCUGGUCCAGCCUGAUAUCUCCCUGACUGACUCAAUGGGAGGGGUCUCCAGGGGCCACCAGGGGCCCGAGGUGUUCAGGGACUACAGCUUCACCAUCACCUGCUCCACUCAGCCACAGUACCCAGGAUGCUCCUUCCUCCUCACGUUCACCGGCUCCAACAGAACCCAGGCCCAGCCAGCUGUCAAUCACUCUGCUGCCUUCCUCUUCCCUGCUGCUGAUGACUCCCACCAAGGGAACUACAGAUGUGUUUAUGAGAAUUAUGUUUUCUCUCAUAACUUCUCCUCUGAGAGUGAGCUCCUCUCCCUCACCAUCACAGCCUCUCCUCUGCCAGCCUUCAUCAUCAGACACGUUGUAGUGCUGCUGAUCCUACUGACAGCCAUCACCACCUCCUACUUGUACUACAAGCCCACCAGGAGGCAGAAGAGAGUGAACAGGGUGAGCAGCAUGGAUCUUUAUGUCAAUGCCAUGGAGAUGGUCUCUCUGAGCUCCAGAGCUGAAGCUGGACCGGGAGAGGAGAGAGCAGCCCAGGGGAUGGAGUAGGAGUAGAAUGAACCUGAUCCUACAUGCUGAUCUUAGGUCAGUUUUGUGUUUUAAAUGGAUGGUCAGCAGUGGACUGGUGUUUAAAAUGUGGUGACAAACCUGAAGUGGUUCUAAUUUUAAUAAUAAGUUCAGAAUUAGUUAAUCUUUCUAGAACCUUGGAAGAAAUCUAAAAGGAGUGACUGCAACCACCAUUAUUCCUUUUAGUUCGAUUUUACCACCAGAGAAACAUGGGGUUCUGGGUAACAUGGGGUU